AUGGAAGAUUCAGAAAUUGAUUUAUGUGAGCUUCUUUUGGAUUUUCUCAUCUCACAUGCAUCACAAAUUUUAUCCUUUUUAGAUGAUAUGAAAGAUGUAAGAAAAGCUUUGAAAGAAGUUAGGGCUUCGGAUAAAGAUCCUAAAAUUCAAAGCGAAGCUAAAUCACUUGAAAAGCAUGAGGUUGGUGACUAUGAAUUUUUGGUACAAAUCGUGAUUUGGUAUGAAAUAUUAUCAAAUGUGAAUGUGGUGAGCAAAAGAUUACAAUCAAAGGAUGUGGUUCUUGAUGUUGCUAUUGAUGAAGUGGACAAAUUGAUUAAAUACUUCAAAAAUUAUAGAGAAGUGGGGUUUUCUAGGGCAAUUGAUGAAGCUAUAGAAAUUGCCAAUGAAUUGGGUGUUGAUGCGGAAUUCCCUCAAAAACGUGUGAUACGUAGGAAAAAGCAAUUUGAUGAGAAUUCAAGUGUAGAAGAAUUAAGGACACUUGAUGAAAAAGAUCUUAAGUCUUGUUGUUGUCGUCUUCAAGAUGCAUUGAAAUGUAACGAAGAAUCGGACGUUGAUGCUAGUGAAAUUUAUUUGGAGUUGAAGUUGAUAAAGACAUUCUUACCGAGUCACAUUGUUAGCCCUAUUGAUGCUUUAAACAAUAUCUUUCGGCUAGGUGAUUUUCCUAAUGCUAUAAAUGCAUAUAAAGUGUUUUUGACAAUUCCGGUCACAGUGGCAUCGGCAGAAAGAAGCUUUUCAAAAUUGAAGUUGUUGAAGUCUUAUUUGCGAUCGACAAUGUUCCAAGAAAGACUUAAUGGCUUGGCGAUGAUAUCUAUUGAAAACAAAAUAUUAGAAGGUAUGGACUAUAAAGACUUGAUCGAGAGCUUUGCUUCCAAAAACACUAGGAGAGCAUCACGAUUUGCUUAA